AUGUCGAGAAAUAGAUUAGAGCUUGAUAUUCCGUAUUAUGAUUAUGGUUUUGCCAUUGAAGUCCAAGGGGAGCAACACGAAAAAUUUAAUAAAUUCUUUCAUAGAGGUGAUCCCAAUAAUUUUAUCAAACAGCAGGAACGAGAUCAACUCAAGAAAGAAUUAUGCGAAGAAAAUCGGAUUGCCUUAAGCUUCUUUUUUUAUUUUGCAGGUUUUUUGCCUUCGCUCUUGCUACUCGGCUCUACCUGUUAUUGGGAUGCUGUAGUGGUGCUCGACCCUGCCUGGUCUUGGGAUGCUGUAGUGGUGCUCGACCCUGCCUGGUCUUGGGAUACUCUGGAACGGGAAUCAGACGAGGAGCCAGAACUUAUCUUUAAGGACUUGGUGACUCUUGUAAGAUCUGAGUCUUGUUUGAGAAUACGUUCCGAACGUCGUGUAGGUGCAGUAGUUUGUCUUUUUGAAGCUUUUUGCGAAGUCUCUUGUGGAGUACUCUCACUUUCAGCUUCGACAGUUUUCC